CUCCACUUUCGAUAGGCAUAUGGUCUCUCCGCUGGAUUUCUCGUAUACACGGCCACACUGAAGCGUAAAAAACUAAAAAGAGAAGCAACAGCGUGAGGUGUAAAUAAUAUAUGGGACACUUCUGAGUGCCCAGCCAGAAUGUCUUAAAAGUCAGCCCGGAGAAAGGGAAUCGAAAAGAACCAAAUCCAAUGACAAAUGUAACAACCGAAACGCACCAGCCGCCCUGAGGAAGCAGAAGAAAGUCCCCCAAGGGCAACCCACCAUCCCCCAAUUAUUAUUGUUUCACUUUCGUUUACUUUUUGACCCUCCGCUCGGGAACGUGGUUUCUUUUGCGACGUGCAAUACUUUGUGGCCAAAGUCUUGCAACGUUCCAAAGGAGAGCUGCACGUGGAGCGACGAGUACGGCCGUAAAAAUACCCAAGUCCGUGGCCACCAAGCUGCAGCGUCUCAAGGCCAAGGCGUCUGCGAGCCAGCACUACGGCGGCAACUACCGCAAGGCAUCGUCUGUCGGCACCCAGAACCACAAUCACAACCAGAGCGAGGGCGACAGGAGCUCGUCUUCAUCUGCUGUCCACGGCGGCCACAUCCAUCAACGCGGUGGCGCCGUCGAGGAGCGUUACCUUGCUGUGGCGGACGUGGCCGAGAAGUCAUAUCAAAACAGCACCACCAACCAAAACAACAACAACAACAACAACUAUCAGAAGUCAAACCACACCAGUGCCAAUUACAACCACUCCAGCUACAAUAACCACCCACAAAGCGCCACCACCAACCUGCCUUACCACACCCAGAGUCCGAACCCGACCAAUAACAAUAUCCACGCGAUGAUGAUGACCAAACAGAAGAACUCCCUGGCCGAGCGCCUCAACAUCGGCGAGGAGGUGCGGGAACUGAAGCUGGGUGCCACCUUCAAUCCGAAGAACACCUCCACCGCCUUCCACACCAUCAAAUAUGACUUCAAGCCAGCGAGCGUGGACACCAGCCGCAUGGCAUCCGUGGACGUGGGCUCCAACAAUCAAGUUACUGUUAUCGUGCCAAAUUCAGAAAGUUCCGGUGUGCCUCAUACAGUUUAUAAGGGUAAUCAAAGGGAGUAUGCAAAGGAGUGCUUGAUGAUCUAUGACAAGGAGACGGGCGCUAUCACAAUAGAAAAGCUGCAUCACAACAUUCAAGUGAAGAAGACAAGAAGCGAAGUAACCAACAAGCCAGUCCUGCUGCCAGCUCAGAAUGUGCCCGUCAACAUGGGACACAGUCAGGUCAUCAACGGAGCUGGAGGGGCACCAAUAUCAGUUUCCGGGCACGGAUCCGGAUCGGCACCCAAAAUGGAGAACAGCACCAUGCGAAUCUCAUCGAAGACGAAGGUUUCUACGGGCAGCCGUCGCAAUAAUAUAAUUGACUUUAAGCCACGCAAUUCGCCCAUGCAGCAGAGCUCACCAUCGCGUCCAGUGCCAGUCCACCGCAGCCCCCAAUCUGCGCCAGCUUGGGAUGCAAACAACGCACAGCAGACGUUGCCGAGCAUUCCCAUGAUCACCGACGACGAUGACUUUGGUCUGAGGGCGGCCCUGCACAGCAGCGGGCAGGCGAAUACCUCAGGCUCCUCGACCGGUUCGGCGGCGGGCCAGCCGGACUUCGGGUCAACGACCUCGUCGUCGCACAUGGGCAAGCAGCGGCAGGCUCCCCAGCACGGCCAUGGCAAGCGCCAGCAGAUGCACCACCGGGCAAGUCCACCGAUGGCCCAGCAACAGCAGCACCACCAACAGCCAUCGAGCUAUGGACGUGGCUUCAACGGCGGCCACAACCACGCACAACAGCAGCAGCAUCAGCAGCAGCAGCAGCGGCACUCGCCACAGCAGCACCACCUGCAGCGCCCUUCGGCCUACGGCCACGGCAACAGCAUGCCUAUGGACUUGGACGCGAACAGGGAGCAUGAACUGACCUCGCAGUCCGUGGCGCAAGCGGCUGCCGCUUUGGAACAGCAAAUUGGCGGCGCAUUGAGUGCCUCGAGCUCCAGCUCCGAGUCGGAUUCCAGCGACAGUGACAGCGGCAGCGACUCUGACGACAGCACUGAGGACGAUCGCCCCAUGCAAAGGCAGCAGUCGGAACCGGAGCAGCAUCAUCACCAACAACAACAGCAGCAGGCAGCGCAGGUGUAUCAAAACCAGCACCACCAGCAGCAGCAGCAGCAGAUGUCGCAGCAGCAUCUGAACCAGCUGCCCAACUUGGGAUUGGGAUCCAUAUCACCAGCCUACGGCGGCAAUCAUCAACAACAGCAGCAGAUGCAUCACCAACAGCAUCACCAGCAGCAGAAGCAACAGUCCGGCAAUUAUGCGUCCAAUGGUGGCUUUCCAAACGAUUUGCUACAGAACGAUCUACAAUUGUCGUCAAAUUCGUCCGACGAUGAUGACGAUUAGCUGCUUUAGGUUUGAUCUAAAUCGCCUUUAUUUGACAAAACCAACGACAAGAAGAGCAACAACAAUUAAUGAUAUUCUGCCUAUAUGCGUGUAAUUAAUUUCCAAUUAUUGAGGGGUGAUUUUACUUGCUAGUGAAAUUUUUAUAAAUAAAUUCUUAGUUGUACACCACAAUAUACACAAACAUAUAUUAAUUAAUUUUAAACAUUAAUUUUAGACCUUCCAAAUGUGCUGGAAAACAUUAAAUUAAAUCAAGAACAGAAAAAUCAAAUCAAAAACACACAAAUCACAACUUAAACCUAUCUUUGUCAAUAUAUAUUAAUUUUAAAUAUGAAAUUAAGGUUAUGUGAAAACUGUUGAAAGUCCUAAAGAAGAUCGCACGCAAAUACAUAUAAACCAACAAUAACCAACAGAAGAAAUAGACGAUGUAGACGAAGCAACUACGGAAAUUAUUUAGUUUUUAAUAAGAACAAUGAAAAUCUUAAAAAUUAUUUUUAAGUUUUCAAGAAAAAAGUGACCACGCAGAUUUUUGCCAUUAAUUACACAUUUAAAUCUAAGCCGUAUAAUCAUUUUAAAAUAUUCAGAUACCAAAAGCGAAAAGAAACUUUUUCAAAUAAUAUUUUCAAGUUUUAUAUUGUUUUCCCUUAUUUCGCUCUUUUGUAGUCAAGCUUAAAUUUAUCGUUGGCAAUUUAUUUAAAAUUUUCAAAAACAAAAAACCUAUUUAAAUGUUCAUUUUUGAUUAAUUUGUUAGCUAUAUUUAUCACGAAUGUAUUUUAGCCCCUUAUCUUUAUUAGUUACAUAUUUGUGCGGUAUGAAGACAUUUAUGUUUUUAGCUCAUGUUUUAUUUGAAUUUAUUUGUAGUUCUUUAAUUAUUUUUUAAUACAUAUUAUUACGAUUUUGUUAUGAGCUUGCAAUAGUUAAAAGCAACGAAAGAAAAUAAAUGUGAAUCGAAAGAA